UUCGAGCCCACCGCUGCUCCCCACAAGCGAGCUCUAGGGCGAGAUGAGCAGCCGCCGCCGCCGCCACGCCCGCUCGCCGCUGGACGACGACGACCUCCUCUCCGAGAUCCUGCUCCGCCUCCCCCCGCAGCCGUCAUCACUCCCGCGCGCAUCCCUCGUCUGCAAGCGGUGGCACGGCCUCGUCUCCGACCCCGGCUUCUUCCGCCGCUUCCGCCUCCGCCACCGCCGCGACCCUCCUCUCCUCGGUUUCUUUGACAGAUACGGAGCUCCGUUCCGGCCUGCCCUGGAGGCCCCCAAUCGUGUUCCUCCCGAGCGCUUCUCCUUGCAGCACCACGAGGAUGAGAUGCACUCCUUUUCCCAUGGAUGCCGCCAUGGUCUCGUGCCCAUCUCCCUUCUGAAGCGUCGCCAGGUCCUGGUCUGGGACCCCGUCACUGGCGACCAGCACCGCAUUCCCUUUCCCGCGCCGUUUGAUACAGCGAAGGCCAUGGUCAACGCGGCGGUGCUUCGCGAUGCGGGAGACGUCCAGCACUUCCAGGUGGUCUUGGCAGUGGCAGGCACCGAUGCCGAACAUCAUACGCGAGCGCUCGCUUGUAUGUACUCGUCAAAGACCGGCUUAUGGGGGGAUCUCGUCUCAACACCCAUUCCAUACCAGGCUAAUGGGUACCGUAUUCCCACAUUGGUUUAUACCGAUGAUGCUGUUCUGGAUGGAUGUUCCCUUUACUGGAAGCUUGUGGGGAAUUUGAUUGGAAUUCUUGAGUUUGAUCUGAAGAAGCAGAGUCUAGCUGUGAUACAGGUGCCAGUGGACAUCCUCGAAGGUAACAGCUUGCAGGUUAUGCGGGCUGAGGGUGGUGGGCUCAGUCUCCUCUUCGUGUCAAACUCCGACUACACCGCCCGGUUAUGGAAGAGGAAGACCAAUCGUCAUGGUGUUGCUUCAUGGGAGCUUGCAAGAAGUAUUGACCUGGGCAAGCUACUUUCCCUGGAAUCAGAGGAGAAACGUCCCCUAAUGAUACUAGGGUAUGCUGAACAGAAUAAUGCGGUGUUUCUGUGGACAGUUAUCAGCGUCUUAAUGAUCCAGCUUGAGUCACUGAAGUUCAAGAAGCUUUUUGAAAGAAUGACCUUUUCUCACUAUCAUCCAUUCGAAAGUGUCUACGGUGCAGGAGCAUGUAUUACUGGUGGACACGACAGGGCUGAGCUUAUGCUCAAUGCGUAAGAUGAUUGUCGGUCUACUAAAGCAGGUAUCUAUCUAGAGCUACAUUCUGCUGUCUGAGGUGCAGAAAUGGGUUGUUUGGUGUAGAUUCUUCCAUUUUGUAUGCUCGACGAUUCCCUAUGCAGCAUGCACUGAUUAGCUGUGAAGUGCACUUGUAGGAAUUAAUCCUUGUUUUGCUCAAUUCCAUCUAUCUGUCAUCUAAUUUCUGUAGACAUUUGUCAGCUGGCUUCGUUAAAUGAGUACUCACCAUGUGGUUUAUUUAAUCUGCUCUAUGCUUCCGUAUCAAGAACGUU